AUGUGUAUUUGUGAUAAUAUUCCGCCUGUUCGAGAUGGAGAAAUGGAACUGAAAUUAGUUCAGAUAGUGUGGCGACAUGGCGACAGAUCUCCGACGGAAACAUUCCAUACUGACAUAUUUCAAGAAGAUGCUUGGAAAUUUGGUGGUGGCGGAUUCGGUCAACUCUCUCCGCUCGGAAUGAAACAGCAUGUCAAUUUGGGAAAUAUGCUUCGCAAGCGUUAUGUUAACAUUGACAAUGCCACACAUAAGUUUUUGCCAGCAGUUUACAAUUCUAAAUCGAUGUAUAUUCGAUCGACAGGAAUCAACCGAACCCUCGUAUCAGCGAUGUCAAAUAUGAUUGGAAUGUAUGGACAACCCGCUUAUGGAAAUAAUAUGGGUCUUGAUUAUCCUGAUGAUGCAUUAUGGCCAGUUGGAUUCGUGCCAAUACCAGUGCACACAGUUGAUUAUCCCUCUGAUUGUAUAGGAAAUAUUGAGUGCGAUUGCCCGCGAAGGGAAUGGAUUUGGGGACUCGCACAAGAAACGGAAGAGAUGCAAAAUUGGAUCAAUUCUCCAGAAGUAUCGUCUGUUCUUUCAAAUUUAACGUCAUACAUAAAUCAAACGUAUGCUCUUAAAGACCUUUGGACUGUUCCAGAUGCACUUUUUAUUGAACAAAUUUACUUCAACGAAACCCUUCGACAAAACACUUCAUGGUUUUCGGAUGAUUUUUACACAAGACUUGUUGCAGUUAAUGAUCGCGUUUACAUGUACGAAUAUGGAAUAUUCGAUAAACCAGCUUAUCAUGGUGACAUGAAUAUCGGGGUGGAACUGCUCAAAAUUCGAGCUGGCGGACUUAUGAACGAAAUUUAUGAUAGAUUCGUGAAAAAGAGCGAGUGCACUUAUGGCUCAAAACAACCCGAUUGUGAUACAAUGGACCCCUUAAAAUAUUUUGUUUAUUCAGCGCAUGACGAAACGGUAUACUCAGUUUUAGUGGCUUUUGAUAUCGAGAGAUUUGCAAUAAAACCGCAUGGAUAUCCAUUAUAUUCUGCUGCUGUUGCUUUGGAGUAUUGGAAGAAUACAACGGAUAAUGCUGAUUACUUCAAACUCGUUUAUCACAAGGAAGCGGGCUCAGGAUUCGAUGUAAUGACUUCGGAAAUUGCUGGAUGCCAUUCCGAUUAUUGUAGCAUGGAUAUUUUGAAGACGGUUGCUCACAAAUACAAACCAGAUUUGCCAAUUAAUGACUGGUGUCAGGUAGUCGGAUCAAGCAAUUUCGGAUCAACCAUCAUGCCUUUUAUGAUCAUUGUCGCUCUAUCCCUAGAAUACCUUUAA